AGCCUGCCAGCCCCCCUCAUCAAUUGCUGUUGCUGGUCGUCCUUGUGAACCUCUGGUGCUGCUACUCCCUCCCCCUCGUCGGGAUCGGGAUUUGUCGGUUAAUCUGACAAUAAUUACCCCGACGAUGACGUCGACUGCAGCAGCAGCAGAUGUCCCGAUCCCGCCGGGGCUGACGUGUCCUAUCUGCAUGGAUGUCUUCCGCGAUCCCGUUCUGGUCCCUUGCUGCUCUAAUACCUUCUGCCGCACGUGUCUCGAUCAAGCGCUUGCUAGGAACGACGCGUGUCCCAUCUGUCGGGCCCCGAUCCUCGCCGUAGGGGAUCCCGUUCUUCCCAACCGGGCAGUGGCGGCGCUGGUGCAAGCUGCGGAGAGCGCUAUCAUCCUCAUGCCGGAAGAGGGAGAGGGGGGGGGGCAAUGGCUGCAAAGUCCAAGCAUUGGGGUCGGUGGUGUCAGGUCCGGAUCGGGAUCGUCGGCCGUAGCAGGAGGAAGACAACUGUUGUUGGGUGGGGGAAGCGUUAGCAUAGGAGGAGCGUCUUCGUCUCCUUCUUCUCCGUCCGCUGCAAGAUCCUCAAUAGAAGGCCACGUGGCAGGAUCACCGUCGUCAAUCGUGAUGAUGACACGUGGCACUUUGGACAGCUCAUCGCCGUCGUCAAUCGUGAUGAUGACACGUGGAAGUUUGGACAGCUCAUCGUCGUCGGAACUACCAGCCAGUGGACCUGUGCUCUGGUGGCCAUCGAGGCACAGCAGAAGCAGUGCUGGUGGCGGUGUUUUGUGGGGGAUAGGAGGAGGAGGAGGGAGAGAAGGAGGAGGAGGAAGAGGAGGUGCGGAGAUGGAUGUGCAUCGCAUUCAUAGCGGCAUCGUCCUCACAGUGGUGAGAUCAGACGUUCCUGCAUCAUCGUCAUCACUGCUGUGUGAUGAGGAUCUCGAGCCGGCCAUCGUCAUCAGUGCUGUGAUCAGGAGGUGUCAGGAGCCAUCGCAUGGUCGUCAGGAGUCGCCGCCGCAUCGGCAUCGCUGUGAUCAGGAGGAGAUCGGGGCGCCUACUCGACAGGCGCCGCCGCAUUCUCAUCGCAUGGUCGUCAGGAGCCGCCGCCGCAUCGUCAUCGCUGUGAUCAGGAGAUCGGCCCGCCCCUUACACGACGACAGCAGCUGCAUUCGUAUCGCGGUGAUCAGGGGAUCAAGCCCCAUUAUCGUCAGCGUCAUCGCUGUGAUCAGGAGGAGAUCGAGCCGCAUACACGUCAGCAGCCGCUGCAUUCUUAUCGCGGUGAUCACGGGGUCGAGCCCCAUUGUCGUCGGGAUCCGUUGUAUCCUUAUCGCUGUGAUUUGGGGUUCGGGCCGCAAGCAUUGUAGUCAGGUGCCGCGGCAUCCUCAGCGCUGUGAUCAGGAUAUCGAGAGAUCGAGCCGCAUUGUCGUCAGGAGCCGUCGGAUCGUCGUCAGGAGUCGCCACACCGUCGUAAGGAGCCGCCGCACGCCGCAUUGUCGGAAAGAGCCAUCGCCGCUUCGUCAUCGGUGUGAUCAGGAGAUCGAGACGACAGAGCAUCGUCGUCCGCUCCCCAUUGUGCUUUACCGACAAGCAACUGGUAUGCGGAAUCUCGCUGUUGUCAUGCUGGAUUCAGAAUGGGAAGAUUCAUGGAUCUGACAUUGAACCGACUGUGGACUCCACGUGGAUCCAACGUGGAUCGGUUGCGGUACCCACGUGGAUCCAACAUGAAUCCCACGUGGACAUGAAGACGAUUGACGAAGAACGAGAGCGGCGAGAAGAAGAGGAAGAGUGACAAUUAGUGACCAAGCUCAAAGCUGCUUGUUGCACACGCGUCUCAACAUCGCGAACGCCCACACGAAGAAGAAGAAGAGGAGGAGGAAGAAGAAGAAGAGUUGGAGGAAGAAGAAUAAUGUUAAUGACUGUGCGCCAUUUACAAGGGGACUUGGUGAGUGGGGGGACAAAGGCCAAAACGUUGGUUGGGAAACCCUCGAUGCACAGCUGUGGGGGAAGCGCCAGGACUUGGUGAGUAUGGGACAAAGAGGAAAAUGUUGGUAGAGAAGCUUCGAUGCGCGGCUAUGUCGGAAACUGCGCUAAGAAGAAGAAGAAGAAAAAGAAGAAGAAGCGGCGCGAAGAAGAAGCAGAAGCGGCGCGAAGGAGAAGAAGAAGCGGCGCGAGGAAGAAGAAGAAGCGGCGCGAAGAAGAAGAGAAUAGUGAAUGGUGAAACAGGGGUCAACUGGCUUUCGUACACGCUUCAAAAGUUCAUCCAUACACAACAACCGCGCAUACUCAUCUCAGCUAAAAGCGCCGCGAAGAAGAAGAAGAAGAAGAAGAAGAAGCGGCGCGAAGAAGAAGAAGCGCCGCUAAGAAGACGAAGGAGCGAUGGCGUGGAAGGAACAAGGAUAUGUCGGAAAGCAUCCCGAUCCCGGCAAGGACGCCUUCCAUCUGUCUGCCGCGUGUGCUUCGUCCAUGAAAUGCGUCGUAAAGAAUCCCGAUCUCGGCUAGGACGCUUUCGCAUCCGUUUUAUGUGUUGAGAUCUCCCUCCAUGCAAUGCUCUCUUAUAUACUGCGCGAAACUACUAAAUUUUAUUUAUUUAUUUUUUUAUUUUUUUAUUUGAAAGGGCGACAGCGUUGCGCUGUAUCCCAUCCACGGGUCCCAGGUGGCCGAUCCCAGGUUUCAAUUGGCAAUUUCUUUCCUUUACCCUUUUUUAAGUUUUUUUAUCAUUCAGCCAGGGCCUACGUCGAACGCGGUCUGACAUGCUCUGCUCUAUCUACAAGGCAGGAAUGUGUGGGUGCGAUUUUACUGCGCUCCUCCUCUGGGGUUUUAUUUAGGAAGGGAUGCUUUUUCGGCCACGUGUCGAUCACAUGGCGAUCCGCUAUCUGGUGCUGUCGAUCCGUUCAUUGGCCAUGUGUCGAUUCCUUUAUCGGCCACGUGUCGGCCACUUGUUGUUGACAGCCAACGUGUCAAAAAUCGAACUAUCAACCACGUGUCGAUCCGCUAUCGGGGCCGUAUCGAUUUGUUCAUUGGCCACGUGUCGGCCUUCGGCCGCCUGUUGCUGAGCCCACUCAUUCAAAGCGUUCUCCAUUCCGUUUAAAAUCAAUCUUCGCCAGUAAA